AUGGAUCUCGCAGCGCGUGAAUUCCAGACCACAUUCCAGGUGGAUCUCCCUGAUCGGCCUGUAACGGCACCUUAUCACGCCCGGCGGGCACAUAAAAAGUCUCGCCAGGGGUGUACUGUUUGCAAGUCGAGACGGGUCAAGUGCGACGAGCGGAAACCAGCCUGUCUACGAUGUGAGAACUAUGGGGCUGAAUGCGUCUACCCACCAUCACCCACCUCGUCUCGAACGAGCAGCAGCCCGUCGAGUUCCAGCUCAGAUCCAGACAGAACGCUCGUCUCGCUCUCCAUUUCCGAUAUGGUGGGCAAGGUUCGGGAUGCGGUGGGUGCGGAUCUCGCCUUCGCUCCUCGCGCCAUUGGCGACUAUGACGCGGUCGUCAACAUCGCAGUGACUUCGCUGAAUUUCUACUUGAAAUACUCGACGGAUACAGUGGGUACGCCGUUGAUUCAGCAGGUAAUGAGGAGGGACAUGAUCCAUGUUGCAUUUGAUAAUCCAUAUCUAAUGUAUACGGUCGUCGGAUGUGGAAUCCUCCACAUGAACCGCAUUUGUCCAAAUAAUGAAUCACGGGAGAUCGCCGAGACAUACUUCUGGCAACGGGCUCUCCGAUUAUACUCCCAAGCGUUACAGCAAAACGUCAACGAGAAGAGCGUCAACGGACUCAUAUCAGCAUGCAUGCUCAUGGGGAUCACGUCACUUAUUCCCCUGAGAUUCGAAAUCAAAGAUUCUUGGGUAUUUACCGGCGAACCCAGUGAUCUGAACUGGUUAGCCAUUCAGGGCGGACUCGCUUGUAUUCUGAAGCUCGCGCACAAGUACGUCCCAGGUAGUAUCUGGGGAACAGCCUUUGGACGCAACCACGAAUGGGAGAGUAAAUUGUUCCGGUACGAUGUCAAGCACGGACGAGAGGGACUACAUCCCGAACUAGCCGAUCUAUGCGGGAUCGACGAGGACUCAAACGAAGACAACUGUGUAUAUUGGUUCCCGAUCAAGCUUCUGAGUCCGUACAUGGAACUCGAGGCAAACGCGCAGAAUGCGGCGCAUGUUACAACCUGGAUGGGGAGAAUCUCUCCGCAGUUUGUGAAUAUUUGCAGAGAGCGCGAUCCGUGCGGUUUGGUUGUACUGGCGCAUUGGAUGGGACUUAUGUGCUCGCUGUCGAAGUAUCAGCAAUGGGUCGAGGGGCGCUUACGACAGGAGUGCAUUGCAGUCUGCAUUUAUCUGGAGAGUUUGGAGGAUCCGGUUAUACAGCCCUUCUUGGACUUUCCAGCUGCGGCGUCUGGUUAUACCCUGCAGGUUAAUUUAUAA